GAAUCUCAUUCAGUCUAACAGCAAUAACGACUUCGUUAGGACAGUAGAAUACGAGAUCAAGUGCAAUUCUGUUUUUUCGCGAGAACCGAAAAAAAAAACGUCGUGUGAAAUCUCAUAUUUCACAGAUAAAAAAGAAAGAGAUAAAGAGAGGUGUUAAAGUUGUCAUCGAAAUAAAGGUGAUAUUUUUCAACGAUCAGAAUCCUAUCGAAAUAUGAAAUCGUUAAGGAAACUAUCCCAUUUUAUCAACAAACUCGAAUCGACGCUGUUUAAAGAUGGUACAAAAAUACAAUUUUUAAAUUCUAAACGUAAUUAUGCGCAAUCGAAAGAAAAAUUUAUACGAGAUAAAAAUGGAGAAUUAAUCAUUCCAUCGCCUUUCGGUGCGCUUACCUAUCCCGACUCGUAUAUUCCGGAAUAUGUUUGGCAUAACGUUAAUAAAUUUCAAAAGCUAACUGCAUUGGAAUGCGGUAUUACCGGUAGGAAAUAUACGUACAGCCAAGCAAGGGAUGCUACCAAUUACAUUGCAAGGAGUUUGAGGAACUUAAAUUUUAAAGAAGGUGAUAUUAUUGCCUUGAUUGCACCCAAUUUACCAGAAUGGAGUUUAGCUUUCCUCGGUAUUUUGGAGGCAGGUCUAAUCGUCACAACUGUUAAUCCACAAUACAAGAUUGAGGAAAUAAGAAAACAAUUGGAGUUGUCUAAUGCGAAAGGUAUCAUCACGGCAAGAGAAAUUUUUCCGAAUGUAAAGAAAGCAGUAGAAAAAAUACAAUUGGGAUCAUCUCUGAUCGUUAUCGAUGACCAAACGGCACCUAUGGUGGAAGGAGUGAUACCUUUUCAGGAUUUGAUUACUCGCGGCAAAAAUUUGCCCCCAUUGAAAGCCCUAAGCAGUUCCGUAAGUGAUUUCGCAAUUUUACCUUUUUCGAGUGGUACAACAGGAUUGCCAAAAGGUGUGAUGUUAACGCAUAAUAAUGUAGUAGCAAAUAUUGAAAUGGUGAAGGCCUCCGUUGAUCCGCAAAUGUGGUUGCAACCUUCGGAUGGUGUAAAUCAAGAAGUCAUACCAGCAAUUUUACCUUUCUUUCACAUUUUUGGGCUGAACGGUGUCUUAUUACCUGGUCUGAUGUCUGGAGUAAAGUUCGUUACGAUUCCGAGAUUCCAACCGAAUACAUUUAACGAUGUUCUCAUCAAUCACAAGCCAACGAUUAUGUUUUCCGUACCACCAAUAAUAAUGUAUCUAUCACAGUCAUCGCUUAUCAAAAAAGAAAAUCUCUCGAAUCUACGAGCUAUUUUCAGUGGGGCAGCGCCGAUUUCAAAAAAGGACGUGGAUAGAUUCUAUGAAAAUUAUCAAUUAGAUAACACUAAUUUCAAAUUUGCCCAAGGAUAUGGAUUAACGGAAUGUUCACCAGUGUCCUUUAUUGAAAAAACGGGUUUAAAAUACGCUAGUAUUGGAAAGAACAUUUGUGGUUGCGAUGCGAGAUUAGUCGAUCCCAUAACGAACAUAGAUAUUUUUGAGCCUGGUCAAAACGGAGAAUUGUGGAUUAGAGGUCCUCACGUUAUGAAAGGUUACUAUAAUAAUCCGAAAGCUACUAAGGAUAUAUUAUUGGAGAAUGGUUGGAUGAAAACUGGCGAUAUCGCAUACUUCGACGAGGACUAUGAUUUCUUCAUUACCGAUAGAUUGAAAGAGUUGAUCAAAGUCAAAGGUUUUCAGGUCGCACCGGCUGAACUAGAAGCAAUUUUAAGAACACAUCCUGACAUACAGGAAGCCGCAGUAAUCGGUAUUAGUGAUACAAGAUGUGGAGAAGUACCAAGAGCUUUUGUUAAAGUAAAAAAUAACAGAAAAGUUAGUGAAAAGGAAGUCCAGAAUUUCGUUAAGGAAAAAGUUUCCGAAUACAAAGAACUCAAAGGUGGUGUUUCGUUCGUCCAAGAAAUUCCAAAAAAUCCGUCCGGAAAAAUCCUUCGAGUGCAGAUCAAAAAAGCAUAUCUUAACGGAGAUCUUUGACAUUUGAAGUUAAAAUUACCCCAUAUGUUACCUGCCAACAACUCGAGAGCAUUUGUUUUGGAAAAUAUGCAAACAAAAAUGAUGCCAUAUUAAAAUAAUUUAGCUGUGGAAUUACUUAUUUUUUAUAAAUACAAAUAUAAAUAUUUUGGAUGAUUAUUAUUUUUUAUACUGAUAUUUAAAAUAAGUAUACAUAAAUUUUUAGAGAUUAAGGAAAAUAUUUAUAAUAUUGUGUGAUAAACACACACAACAAUAUAUUUUAUAUAUUAUAUUUUUAUAUAAAUAUUGUGAUAUUCAAUGUAUAUGCUGCAUUGCCCAUAACAUAUACAUUCAAUCAUAAAGAUUUAUGCUACGAGUAAUAAUAAAAAGUAAUUGGCAUGUUAUAAAAUAAACUCCUAAAAAUAAUAAACAUAAAAAAAGUAUUGAAUAUUAUUAAAAAAAAGGAUGCAUUUUCACAAAUAUUUUAAGCUACAAUUGUUAUAAAAUUACAAAUAACAAUGUAUAUGUCAGAUUUACUCUGCAUGUGUGCCUUCAGAAAUGCAUAUUAAUAUAAUAUACAAAAUAAAAAUAUUUUAAAAAGUAGUAA